AUGUUCUUUGCAGCCAUGCACGCAGAAAUGAUGGUCAGAGCAAAACUAAUCAUUCCGAAUAAUGUUCAUCAAACGCUCGAUAAUAUUCGUGAUCAUAAUUGGUUGUUUUAUAGUGGCUUGCUUUCUUAUUUAAUUGUUUUAAUGUGUGAUUUGGUAGUUUCUGUCGGAAUGCACAUUUACCUGAAGAGAUUUGAUGAGAAAUUGUCGUGGAUUGUUGCAUCAAUGAGAGUGAUUUAUACAAUGAUAUUUUCCUAUGCCAUUAUACAAUUGUUUGUUGGGUUUCAAUUGGCGCUUCAUCCAAAAUUUGAAAAGCAAGUGACUUGUAUGAAGUAUUUUGAAGAGUUUGAAAUGAUUUUCAAUGGAGCUUUGAUUUUAUUUGGAGUUUAUUUGAUAUUUGCUGCUUGGUUGUGUAAGAAAUCGAAUUUAAUUUACAAGUGGGUCUGUAUUUUGUUGGCUAUUGCUGGAUUGGCUUAUUGUGUGGAUAAUAUUUUAAAGUUGAGUUAUAGUAAGGAAUAUUAUGUGGAACAUUAUCAAUCUGUGACCCUGCCUCUUGUUGCUAUUCCAGCAAUAUUUGGAGAAGUAGGAUUGGCUAUUUCACUACUCAGACAGUGA